GAGCGGGGGCGACUCCUGUCAUCGCUCCAGGCCCAGCGGGAGGACGCGCCAGCAUCCCCGCUGUUGCGCUUGGCCCGGGGCGUGCCCGCGGCUGCUCCCACCUCUGGGCCUCGGCUGGGGCCGCCCGGGAUUGCUUGGCAUUGCGGGCCAGCGGGCAGAGCCUCGGACCCGGGCUCGCUCUCCGCCCCCCACCCCCACCCCGAGGGCAGCAGCGUGGGGCCCGGCGGGCCGGCGGAUCUACCGCGACUCCGGCCAUGCCCGGCUGGCCCUGGGGGCUGCUGCUGACCGCGGGCACGCUUGCGACCGCGCUGAGCCUGGGGCCGCCGGCGCCCGCCGACCCCUGCCAUGACGAGGGGGGCGCGCCCCGCGGCUGCGUGCCGGGCCUGGUGAACGCCGCCUUGGGCCGCGAGGUACUGGCGUCCAGCACGUGUGGGCGGCCGGCCACGCGGGCCUGUGAUGCCUCCGACCCGAGGCGGGCACACCCGGCCGCCCUCCUGACCUCCGCAGGGAGCACCACAAGCCCUGUGUGCUGGCGUUCGGACUCACUGACGCAGGCGCCCUUCAACGUGACCCUCACAGUGCCUCUGGGCAAGGCUUUUGAGCUGGUGUUCGUGAGCUUGCGCUUCUGCUCUGCGCCCCCUGCCUCGGUGGCUCUGCUCAAGUCACAGGACCAUGGCCGCAGCUGGGCCCCACUGGGUUUCUUCUCCUCCCGCUGUGGCCUGGACUAUGGCCGCCUGCCUGUCCCUGCCGAUGGCCCACCAGGCCCAGGGCCCGAAGCUCUGUGCUUUCCGGAGCCCCAGACCCAGCCCGAUGGUGGUGGCCUUCUGGCCUUCAGUGUGCAGGACGGAAGCCCACCAGGCCUGGAUCUGGACAGCAGCCCAGUGCUCCAAGACUGGGUGACUGCCACAGACAUUCGAAUAGUGCUCACAAGGCCUGCCGUGCUGGGGGACACCAGGGACUCCGUGGCCAUGGUCCCUUACUCUUACUCGGCGACUGAGCUCCAGGUGGGCGGGCGCUGCAAGUGCAAUGGGCAUGCCUCAAGGUGCCUGCUGGACACCCAGGGCCACCUAAUCUGCGACUGCCAGCAUGGCACCGAGGGCCCCGACUGCGGCCGCUGCAAGCCCUUCUACUGCGACAGGCCGUGGCAGCGGGCCACGGCCCGGGAAGCCCACGCCUGCCUUGCUUGCUCCUGCAAUGGCCACGCGCGCCGCUGCCGCUUCAACAUGGAGCUGUACCGACUAUCCGGCCGCCGCAGUGGCGGGGUCUGCCUCAACUGCCGGCACAACACGGCCGGCCGCCACUGCCACUACUGCCGGGAGGGCUUCUAUCGAGACCCUGGCCGUGCCCUGAGUGACCGCCGCGCUUGCAGGGCAUGUGACUGUCACCCUGUUGGUGCUGCUGGCAAAACCUGCAACCAGACCACAGGCCAGUGUCCCUGCAAGGAUGGUGUCACGGGCCUCACCUGCAAUCGCUGCGCCCCUGGCUUCCAGCAGAGCCGCUCUCCCGUGGCACCCUGCGUUAAGACGCCUGUCCCUGGACCCACUGAGGAGAGCAGCUCUGUGGAACCCCAGGACUGCGACGUGCACUGCAAACCAGCCCGCGGCAGCUACCGCAUCAGCUUGAAGAAGUUCUGCAGGAAAGACUACGCGGUGCAGGUGGCGGUGGGCGCGCGCGGCGAGGCGCGCGGCUCGUGGACGCGCUUCCCGGUGGCCGUGCUUGCAGUGUUCCGGAGCGGCGAGGAGCGCGCGAGGCGAGGGAGCAGCGCGCUGUGGGUGCCGGCGCGGGACGCGGCCUGCGGCUGCCCGCGCCUGCUGCCCGGCCGCCGCUACCUGCUGCUGGGGGGCGGGCCGGGGACCGCGGUCGGGGGCCGGGGGCCCGGGCUCAGCGCUGCCCGCGGGAGCCUCGUGCUGCCCUGGCGCGAUGCGUGGACGAGGCGCCUGCGGAGACUGCAGCGGCGCGAGCGGCGGGGGCGCUGCGGGACGGCCUGAGCCCGCAGCGCGGGCGGGGCGCUGCUUCCACGUUGAGGCGCACGUUCAACCGGUGCAUCUGCCUGCAGAGGAGUCUUUGCUGGCGUCGCACGCGUCGCCAUCUGGGCCCUCGCCCCGACCCUGCCCAGCGACUCCCUAGAUGCCACGCGCCCAUGCCUAAGAGGGGUGUGACCAAUGUAGGGACACCCCGCGCCGACACACAGGGAUGUGAUAGCCCCAAAGAGCUGCUUCAGGGAUCCACUGGGCAGUUGUCAUCCCAACGGACUCGUUGUCCGCCAUCCUCGCAUUAUCUUCCCCCUCCUA